AUGAAGACAUUUCCAUCCCUCUCGGAAACGCAGGAGACAGAAUUGACCGAAAAUUUGCUACAAUGGAGUUUGGGAAACGGGCUUACUAUGUACCCGGUGAAUUACAAGACUCACAGUGCUACACAUGCUCCGAUAACGAUAUUUCCGACGCCAUUUGCGAAGAAGGCGUUUAAUAAUGCUAUGGAUGUACAGAAGGGGUUCAAUGAGUUGUAUGCCAGUGUGGUGAGCAAGUCGAAGGAGUGGUUGUUGGAUAUUUUGAAGGAAUUAGCCGUUUUUGACGAUGACUUCACAGGGAAGCUCUUUGAGAUGUACAACAAGUCGAUUGAGUCGAAUGGAGGCAAGGUAAAACAACCACUUUCAUUGGGUAUAUUUCGGUCAGAUUACAUGCUCAACGAUGUUGAUGAUGACCCGCAGAUCAAGCAGAUCGAGUUCAACACGGUGAGUAUUUCGUUUGGAGGAUUAUCGACCAAAGUGGGUGAAUUGCAUAAUUAUUUGAACCUGAAGGGAGCGUACGAUGCUGAUUAUUCAUACAAAUACUACGAUGACGACGAGAUUCCAAUUUCUGACUCGAUUAACGAAUUGGCUAAGGGGCUUGCCGAUGGUAAUUAUCAUUACAACGGCAAACAAGAAAGCACCAAAACGGUUGUAUUAUUUGUGGUUCAACCGGGGGAAAGGAAUUGUUUUGACCAGAGACACAUUGAGUAUUCGUUAUUGAAAAACCAUGGCAUCAAGUCCUAUAGAGUGACAUUGGAAGAAGUUGCUGAGAAAACGACUAUUAAUCAAGACAAGUUGUAUAUCAAAUCAACGAUGGAUGAAGUUGCAGUAGUUUAUUACAGAUCAGGGUAUGCACCAACCGACUACGAAAUGGCGCCUGAGGCAACGUGGAAUGCUAGAUUAUACUUAGAAAAUUCACUUGCGAUUAAAUGCCCAUCGUUAUUAACGCAAUUGUCGGGAGCUAAAAAAGUGCAACAAAUCUUGACGCAAAAGGGUAUGGUUGAGAAAUUCUUGCCAGACAUAUCAAAAGAUGAAUUGGAUAAGUUGUUGUCCACGUUUGUGGCCAUCUAUCCGUUAGAUGAUUCAGAAGAUGGAAAGACUGCUAAAAAAUUGGCAUUUGAAACCCCAGAAAAGUUUGUGUUGAAACCUCAGAGAGAAGGGGGUGGUAAUAAUAUAUACAAAGAGAGCAUUCCUGAGUUUUUGAAAAGUCUAGAUGAAAGCAAAUGGGGUGCAUACAUCUUGAUGGAACUUAUUAAUCCCCCACACCAUAAAAACAAGAUUAUACGCGAAGGUGAAGUCUUUCACGAAAACAUUAUUUCUGAAUUAGGUGUUUUUGGAACCAUUGUGUUUAACGAAGAGAGUGGUGACGUAUUAACGAAUGAAAACGCAGGCUGGUUAUUAAGAUCGAAGUUUAGUUCCAGUAAUGAGGGUGGUGUUGCCGCUGGAUUCGGUUGUGUUGAUAAUAUAUAUUUAUAUUAA